UUUAUCCCUCAUAGUUCAAAGUCCUAGCCGUUUCGCAUGAGUGAAGCAACCUUAACCAAAGACGUCACCAGUGACGACACAAUGGAGACCGCAGCACAAGCAUCUUCAGCACCACCACCGCCACCGCCGCCGCCAGCGCCACCAAAGAACCUUCCUCUGACCAGCGCCACUGUGACGUCGGGGGCUGCACUGCGGGACGUGCUGCGGGAGCGUCGCUUGAAUGACGAUUGGACGGACAAUCAGGAUGACGACGAUGACGCUGCAGAUCCAAGCAAGAAGAAGCGUCGUCGAAUUCCCUUAGUUGGGUAUCUGAGUGCAGCUUCUGCCGCUAAUCUGCCGCCACCAGCAGCAGAAUCUGCCGCCAAUCCGCCGCCCGCAGAAGCAGAAAUUGGAAAGCAAUAUCACUCCAAUGCAGACGUCGAACCACCACGACCGCCGCUGCGCGUUGUUUGCAUCUCCGACACGCACGGCGAGCACUUUGAUUUUUUUAACGGCGGCAGUAUUCCAGACGGCGACAUUCUGAUUCACGCGGGAGACUUUUUCGAUCAUGUCGCCUACGAGAACAUGGAUCAAGCAUUGAAGGAGCUGAACGAGUUCUUCUCGGCAGUGCCGCACCGCCACAAGGUCUUUGUCGCUGGCAACCAUGAGACGUGCUUCCACCGCUACGAUACCAAGUACAUUCAGAAGCGACUGCAGGAGUCUGGCACUCAUUAUCUCCACGACUGCAGCGUCGAAAUCGAAGGCAUCCGCAUUUACGGCUCGGCAUGGAACCACUGCGUCGGCAUGGGCUACGGCGCGAAUGCCCAAGAACGUGCAGCCGCUUGGGACCGCAUCCCAUCGCGCGCGAACAAUCCCAAGCCAGUGGACAUUGUGGUGACGCACCAGCCUGCAUUCAACAUUCUAGAUUUGGCCCACACCAAUUCUGCCAAGUCCAACUUUAACGUCUGCAGUGUUUGCAACAAGAAGCACCCUCGAUUUGCACACUGGGGUGACAAGAAUCUGCGCCUGGCUCUCUUUGAGCGCGUGCGGCCGUUUGUGUUCCAAUCGGGCCACGUCCACGACGACGCUGGCACCAUCGAGAUGGACGGAGUGCUGGUGGUCAACGCGGCCAUGCAGCUUCGACGACGCGCGAUUGUCUACGACUUUGUCCCUCCGCCGCCCGCCGUUCCCACGACCACUCAAGCACACGGCAAGCACCACGACAAGCAGUGCGUGAUUUGCUAAAGAGGAGCUGUGUGAGUAGCGAAGACCCAUUUAAUGAUGCAAAAAUGUUCAGUGAAAAUAAAAAAAUGAAACAAAAAACAAUAUGGAAACGAUACAAAAACGCA